AUGUGGCACCCGACGCUGAUCGCGGAGGCGCUGUUUGCCAUCGCCAACAUCUUCAGCUCGUUACGCCUCAUCUCGCUGUUCACCGCCAACUCCCACCUGGGCCCUCUGCAGAUCUCACUGGGACGCAUGGUGCUGGACAUCCUCAAGUUCCUCUUCAUCUACUGCCUGGUGCUGCUGGCCUUUGCCAACGGUCUGAACCAGUUGUACUUUUACUACGAGACGACGGCGGCCGAGGAACCCAACAACUGCAAAGGGAUCCGCUGUGAGAGACAGAACAACGCAUUCUCCACGUUGUUCGAGACCCUCCAGUCCCUGUUCUGGUCCAUCUUCGGCCUCUUGAAUCUGUACGUCACAAACGUCAAAGCGAGACAUGAGUUCACAGAGUUUGUGGGUGCGACCAUGUUUGGCACCUACAACAUCAUCUCACUCGUGGUGCUGCUCAACAUGCUGAUCGCCAUGAUGAACAACUCCUACCAGCUCAUCGCAGAUCAUGCCGACAUUGAGUGGAAGUUUGCAAGGACAAAGUUGUGGAUGAGUUACUUUGACGAAGGCGGGACGCUGCCUCCUCCUUUCAACAUCGUGCCCAGUCCCAAGUCGGUGUGGUACCUUCUCAUGUGGCUCCACACGCGGCUGUGUGUGCGGGUGCAGACCCACGGAGAGGAUUCCCACAAGUGUGAGAACCUGCGAGAGUUCACGUUAGCCGCUGCUGUUUGGUUUGGCUCAUUAAACCUGUUGUGA